AGAAAAACAAACUUCAGAACAAAUUAAGUGAUACUUAUUCCUUAGAAUUUUCCCAUUAAAACAACCCACUUCACGAAUGAGUGACUGAUAUAAACAUUAGGAAUUUGACUCUUGCACACAGCUGGUGAAUGAGUUUGUGGAACUUCCUGUCCCUUUGAUGAGCUGGGUCAUUCCCAUGCAUUCACUUUACAUGUUUGUGGUAGUAAGGUCCAGUAGUACAGUGUUGAGCUUGUGAAUUACAAGCUAAGCUUACAGCAUGGCAUUUGCUUUGCUGGUGAAGCAAGAGAACUCUUAAGUCACUGAUGCUGUUUGUUUGGAUAAUGGAGUUUUUCCGUAAUAUAAACUGUCGAACUCUUUUCUAAAAAAAAUGCACAUGUAUAUAUUGUUUUGUGCUUUUGUUUUGAAUGAGGCUCAGAUACCCCUAGGAUAGAUCAUCUCCUGAUUCUUUUCUAUUUCUUAAAUUUUAGAAUACCAUGAUUCUAAAGCAUUUUAGAGUAUAUUUUUUUCUCCAAUAAUUAUAUACUAUCAUAUUAUGAUAUAGACACAAAGUUAGCUUUUUGGAUCUCAUUCAAAUAAACAUCAAAGAAAUGUUAGGCUAUUUUAAAAGAAAACUUUGGGGAUGAUGUAUGUAUGAAACUGUAAAGAAGCACUACCAGGAAAGGUUGAAUAAACAUCUGUGGCAGAAAACAUAAAUAAACACUUUAAAAAGUUGGUACUAGUCUUGAAAUAGUAUGUAAAAAGAGGUUUAUAGCAAUCUGUGGCUCUCAGUUGGGACUUUUGGAAGUAAUGUGGGCAUAAUUUUGGUUAUCAUAAAUGAGAGAGGUUGGGAUUUCAAUGGGCAGAAGCCAGGGAUAUUAGAUGAUAUGUAAGGUUUAGGCAGUUUCAGACAACAAUUGUCCUGUCUUGAAUGCCAAAAAUUUUUGACAAGUCCUGGCAAGUGAUUGUGAGCUGGGAGCUAGCACAGCUGAAAUAACUUUUAAAACUGAAGUUAGUUUGUUUUUUCAAUAAUAGUAUUAAACAUAAAAUAUCAUUUGCCUAUUAAUUCCCUUUUGAAAAAAUUUACAUGUGAAAACAAAUGAUUUACUGGGUUUGAGUUACUCAGGACAUAUACUCAUCCUCUUGAAGCUGUUGUAACAGCAGCGAAGUUGGGGAUUUGCUCUGCCUCUGGCAGCCAGCAGCCAGCUGUUGGUUUCAUACAGUGUAUAAGUUAGUCAUUUGUUUUGCUUUUUACGUUAGAACAUCUUUUCACUUUGAUCUAUUGCUUUUAAAAAAAAUUUGAGGGUGUUUGUACAUUUAUUAUCUUUGUGUUAUAUUUGGUCUUCUACUUGUGUUGCCAUCAGUACCCUGAGAAUACACUGCAAUUGAACUGGUUUUUUAAUAUUUACUCAUCUCUUCAGUAACCAAAUAAUUUUAUAGAGACCCAUGGGCUGAAACACAGGUCUAAGUAGUUGAAGUGGAAUGGGACUUGGGAUAUAGAGGAAAGAGAAUGAAUUUGGGGAUCAUUUAGACCUGAAGUAAAAUUCCAGUUCAAAUCCUGCAUGUCCUGUCACCAUUAAUAAUCCAAUUGCUAAAUCUCUUUGACUUAGCAUCUUCAUUGGUAAAAUAAUUCCUAUCUUUACUAUUAUUUUGAAGAUCAGAGUUACUGUAUGUCUAGCACAAAGAGUAAGUGCUCAAUUAAUGAGUGCUCUGUCAAUGAUGGUGAUGAUAAUGAUCAUCAUCAUCUGUUCUGUGGCUACCUAACUUUGCUAAGAAUGUUCAGAACACAUAACAUGUUAAUAUACCUGGAUACCACAGCAUGGCAAGGAAUAGUUUGAAUAUCAGGCCAGGUGGAGAUGUUUUCUGGACAUUUUCAGUUGGAUUUGGAACUUUCCCACAAAUCCACUGUAAUAUGUACUAUUUUCUCUGGUCCUCUAAGCUGUAGGAUUCGAUUACACUAUAGACUAAGUAGGUUGGUGAGGACUAGCUUAGGGACAGUUCUGGGCACAGAACUUUGGGAAGGGCAGAGACUCGGUUAAAAAGCCAAUUGUUUAUCACAUGGAACUAAUAGGCUGUGGAAGUUACUAGUACUUAAAAAAUUUUUUAUAAUGGUUAUUUCUAAUGUUACCUUUAUUCCUUGGAAUUUACACAUUGAGUUUUGUUCUAAAAUUCAUUUGUAAUAUAGUUUAAAAAUUGGAAACUUAGAGGUAAUGUAUUUUAAAUGAUGAUUAGGUUCUAGAGUUGCCUUCUAAAAAGCCUGCUUAACCUACUGUAGUUUGAUUCAGUAAGAGUUACCCUCAUUUAAUUAAACAAGUAGGAAUGUAUGGAACUCCCACUGAGGGCUAAGCAGGAAGCUUUCUGGGUAUGGAGACACAGUGGGAGAUAUAAUAGUGAAUAAGACCUACAUAGAAAGUUUAUAAUCCAUAUAGCAUCUUUCUAUAUCAUUAUAAGAUAGUUACCAUAAGUGCUAUCUAUGAUUUUAAAUAAAUGAUUUAUCCCCUGACUUGUAAGGGGAUGCUCAAGAUAUAUUACAGUUGGGUAAGAUGAGAGUAUAUUACAAAAAUAGCCUGUGUAGUAUUUUCCUAUUUAAAAACUACUAGUAUUUGUUGAAAACAAAUAGAAAAAUGUCUAACAGUUCAGGGAGCAGAACAUGCUAAGAACAAGGAUUUUGAAGUCAUGGAUUUGAAUCCCUGGUCCACCUCUUACUAUGGGUAUAAACUUGGUCAAGUCACUUACCCUUUCUUUGCCAUUUUGCUUUACCUGUAAAAUGGACAGAAUAAUUGCACUUAACCUCUUAGGGUUAAGUAUUAGGGCAUUGUGAGGGUUAAAUGAGUUAUUAUAUGUCAAGUGCUUAGAAUUGCACAUAGAAAACAUUACAUUAUUUGUCUUAAGUAUGGGCAAAGGAAUGAUCAUUGUAUAGUUAAUUUUUCCAUUAUUGUAACAAAAUACUUAAGGCAGGCCAGCUUUAUAGAGAAUAGAGACUUAUUUAGCUCAUAGUUCUUGAGAUUUAAGGGCAUGAUACCAGCAUCACCUCUGCUUAUAGAAGAUGGCAGAAGUGCAGAAAAAGGCAAGAUCACAUCACCAAGUAGGAAGCCAGACAGGCUGGAGUAUCCCACAGUUUCUUCCAAGGGUAGUGUCCCAGUUGGCCCAAGGACCUCCCACUAGGCCCCACUUCUUCAAGGUCCCAUUUCCCACCAUCAGCACACUGAGGAGCAAGCUCCCAAUUCAUGAAUCUUGGAGAACAAACAGUAUCCAAACCACAGGAACACUUUGGUCAGAGGAAUAAACAAAUACCUAGAAUGACUGAAUAGCAGAGUUCUGGGUUUUAGAAGUCAGGGGCCAUGUAAGAAAUCCUCAGAAUCUAGUCAUGAGGUUGUUCUUCUCUUACCUUUCUUUCUUCUGCUUCCCUUUCUGGCUUUCUCAUAGUUACUGUCAUGACUGUAAUUAGGGCAGACUGAGGUUAAAGUAGCAGUUGGACCUAGCUGUGGCCCUGGGGAGUAUGGUCAAAUCUGGCUUCUGUGGCUGCUGUAUGUGUAGGAUUUCUGCUUACUGAACUUAUGAAACCAUGGCAGAAGGAGAGAUGGAGUCACCUGGGGCCAAAAAGUGUGGCCCAUAUAUUUCAUCUGUCACUAGCCAGAGUGUGAACUUGGUGAUUCGAGGAGUAGUCUUAUUUUUUAUUGGAGUAUUUCUUGCUUUAGUGUUAAAUUUGCUCCAGAUUCAGAGAAAUGUGACGCUGUUUCCACCUGAUGUGAUUGCAAGCAUCUUUUCUUCAGCAUGGUGGGUACCACCGUGCUGUGGCACAGCUUCAGCUGUGAUUGGGUUAUUAUACCCCUGCAUUGACAGGCAUCUAGGAGAACCACAUAAAUUUAAAAGAGAGUGGUCCAGUGUAAUGCGGUGUGUAGCUGUCUUUGUUGGUAUAAAUCAUGCCAGUGCUAAAGUGGAUUUUGACAACAACAUACAGUUGUCUCUCACACUGGCUGCGCUCUCCAUUGGACUGUGGUGGUCUUUUGAUAGAUCUAGAAGUGGUUUUGGCCUUGGAGUCGGAAUCGCUUUCUUGGCAACUGUGGUCACUCAACUGCUAGUCUAUAACGGUGUUUAUCAGUAUACAUCUCCAGAUUUUCUCUAUGUUCGUUCCUGGUUACCAUGUAUAUUUUUUGCUGGAGGCAUAACAAUGGGAAACAUUGGUCGACAACUGGCAAUGUAUGAAUGUAAAGUUAUUGCAGAAAAAUCUCAUCAAGAAUGAAGAAGGCAAAAAUAUACCUCUUGUACAGAAAAACAAGAAGGAAAGGGCAUGUAAAUUAUAUCAACAAAACUUUGGACUGUUAAACUUUGGACUGUAAAAUUGCCAGGAUGCAGUUUUUCCCAUGAUUGGUGUGUACAGGAACACACACACACACACACACACACACACACACACAUUAUUAUUGCAAUCUGUGAUUGCUUCAUCUGUAAAUCAGUUACAAACCUUUAUGUAUUUGACUUAAAAACUGUAAGAUAUAUGUGCAUUACAUUAAAAAUGUUAAUUAGUAGAUAAAUUUUUUAAAUUAAUUUUUUAAACAUACCAUACAUUAUAUCACAACAUUUAAUGUGCCAAAAUAUUCUACUGCUGUCAUCAAGAGUCUUAAGAAUCCUUUGAACAAUUUAUAAGUUAGGGGAAAAAAAAAGAGGAAAGCCAAAAAUAAAAAGCAAAUGGGAAGCCCGUAUUUUCUCUGUCACUUACUGUUGUGCCUUUUUGUUUUUCCAGUCACAACAGUUUGAGUUAUGAGUGCCCAAAUGUAUGAUUAGUUUUUAUUUUGAUGUUGUUUCAGAGAGUUUUGAAUAUUUCAGAAUAUAGUAAAAAUGAACCUUCAUGUAGAAUGGUUUCAAACCUGCAUUACUGGAUAGAGCCCAGAAAAUAAUUUUCUGUUUUGACAGAUUUUACUGGAGUUAUUUGUGAUGACCAGGUGAUAAGCACCAUUAAAAUGUUUUGAGUCUAAAUUUGGAAGAAAAUAUAUAAUUAAAAGUUAGCAAAUUUAAGUAGAAUAUGUGUUUUGGAACAACAAAGUGACCUUUUGCACUGUCAUAAAAUGUGGUAUUAGCUGUUAUUUGCAAUACAGAGUCUCACACUGCUUUUGCACAUGGGAUAGAUAAACUUCAAACAGAUCAAAAUUAAGUUUCUAAUUCUAUUGGGUUCUAUAAUCUAUUGGUUCUGUAAAACAAACCACUUUAGCUGGGCUUAGUCAUAUAACUCAUUGUCAGUGGAAUGCCUGGAUUUGCAACCUUAUUUUAAACAGUCUGGGGAAUGAGUGGAUACAUAAUUUCUUAUGCACUCAUGUCCAAUAGUGAAUAGUUCAAGUCUGUUAAAGGAGGAAUGGGGAUGGUAGUCUGUGCAUGUUAAAGGUGUUGGUAACAGUGUUGGGCAUGCCUUUUUAAUAACUAGAGCCAUUUAAGUAUGGUUUAAACAUAUUCUUAGCUAAGUUUCCCCCUAGUUUUUCUCUUUGAAAUGAUCGACAAUGUCUGAUACCCAAGAGCAAAAUCUUCUGUGUAUUUUGGGAGCAUAUGUGUGUGCGUGUGUGUGGUAUGUGUGAUUGAGUGAGAAUGUAUAUGUAUGUGCAUGUGCUCGUGCUCUCCUAGAGUGUCAUGUAGAUAUUUUAAAUUUUUUGGUUUUAAAACUCUUGCUAUCAGACUGAAAUCUUGUAUGCCAAACUUUAAUUUGCUUUUAUGUUUUCAGGCUGAAAGUGUAAAAAUCCUAAAAGGAUUUCAUAUUAAAUAUGUGUACACAAGUUUACAGUGGUGGUAAAUAUGCUACUGUAAUUUAUUGUUCUAUCUACCAGAUGUUAUUCAUGUAGAAAAAAUAAGAUAUAUUUUUAGAAUCAACUUUUCAAGCAUUAUAAAAUCUUUAAUAAGUUAUAAGGACUAUGAUGUGUUUACUUUGAAAAUUGCUGUUAAAAGCAAGAUGUAUUAAAUAUGUAAUCAUCA